AUGCUCCCAUGUCGCUUGAUUCCUUUGGACCAUGGCUAUUGGUACAGAUAUGAACAGCACGUUGGUGGCUUUCACAUGUGUCAAUUUGACGCUGCGUUGCUGGAUGGCAACGAACUUCUGACCCAUCUGCAAAAUGAGCAGGCCUUAGAGAGAGAGGCCCACUGGCUCCACAUGGUUUUGGAUCAGUUGGAAGGCACACGAGAAAGCAUGCGACAUCGCAUAGCUGCUCCGGCUCCUUUGGUUUUGGACUUUUGGGUGGAAGCCGCUAUGUUGGAUCAUUUAAAAGAGAGACUGGCUCGUUCGUUAGGUGAAAAUCAGCAAAGGCAAGUCAACGAUGUCAGAGAGAUGCUUUGGCUCUCUGCGGCCCGCUGCGCGGCUGUGGGCGCAGAUGAGCAUGCUGCAGAGGUGGCUGCGUGCCUGAGAUCUGUGCGCUUGCUGACAUCCGGUUACCUCCCACAGUUUCCCAUGCGAUUGCUACCAGAAAGUCUAGGUGACGGCGGUCCUUCCGAGAGUGCGUUGAUUCAAGAAGCUCCUUCCGAGGUCUUUUUGCAGAGAUUGCAUACCAUCCCGGAAGAAGGAGCCUCCUGCGAGUUCGAUGACGCGAGUUUGCUGGCGCCGGACAGUCACUUUCCCUCGGGCAGUUCAGUCCGGUCCAAGGGCGGUGCAUUGCUGAUGGCCAUCUUCAUACGAAGCACACGGCCGGAACCCAGAUGGAGCCGGCAGGGGCAACGGCCCAGUGGGGAAAGAAGGAUGUCGCAGGCGACCUUCGUCAGGAAAGGUGGCAAAAUCAAGCAAAGGCGCCGUUCUCAGAGGUCUGACUUUGGAAAGGCGCGGAAAACUGACAAAAGUAAGCGCAAGUUGCGAGUUGAUGCUCCUCGAAGAGGACUCACUGAAGGUGAGGUGGGCAUCAGAGAGGCUUCCUCGCGGGAGUUUAGCGACAUUUUGGAGGAAAUGUCCCCUCCAAAGAAGCGCAAGUAG